AUGAGCCCAAACACUGCCCAAGCACCCCGUGCAGACAUUCCACAUACAUCCACAACCUCGCAGCAGCAGCAGCAGCUUUCGGACGGACAGAUAUGGAUACGCUCGUUGGCACAAGUGACGAUCCCUGAGGCUAUCUUGACGCGCCUGCAGCAGCUCGCAAGCAUCAACUUCGAGAGUCUUCCGGACGCGGAUACGAUGAGGGUUGCAACUCAGACGUUGGCAUAUGAAAUUUCUUCAAGGACUGAGAACGUGGCCGCGGCCAUCCAGGCUUUAGCGCAAGCGUCAGCCGGAGUGCGAGAUGGUGCGAUGGAACUGGAACGAAGGACCAGUAGGAUUGCCGAUGUGCAGUCUGAAGAGCAGAAGUCUCUGCAGGAUCUUCAACGACGUUUGGAGGUUUUGGAGAGUCGCGGAAAUGUGAGUGACAAUGUGGAUCCACGAAUUGAGACCCUUGAAUCUUUGAUGCAGGGCCUGUUGGGGACUAUGCAGGACCAGAACUCAGGAUCAGGGGGAAACCAUGCAACCGCCACUGACGCCCUACAGCAGUCGUUACAGCAGUAUGGAGCAGAAGUGGCGAAUGUGAAAGCGCAACUGGGUCAGAUGGGAGCGGACGUCUCUCAGACUACGGCUCAGAUGAAGGAAGAUGACAGAAGGUUGAAGAGCGCCUUGCAUAGGAUCGAGAUGCUGGAGCAGGUGUCUGAGAAAUUGCGGGGCCGAUGUGAUCAAAUCGAGGCGGCCAUGAAGGAGCGUGACCUUAUGGCUACCUCAGGUGCGUUGCAUGAGAUGACAUCUCAAGCUGAGGUUGGAGGCGAGGUUCCAACAUCGCAUCCUACCUCGAGACCUUCGAAAUCAAGCGUUGGAGGGACGGUGUGGCAUCAGAUGUCCCCUGACGCUGGAGAUACGUUGCACAACGCCGACGACGACUGGUACAGCAGCGAUUGGCCCGAGCCUACUCGUUGGCCACAACCCGGAUGGCAAGCCGAGCCUCCAGGACUGGGACCGCCACCUGCGGUGCCGAAGAUGGCAUUGGAAAAGGUGCAUCCUGGAAAUUGGAAGUUGCUCAAGGAUUGUCCGACUCUGAAGCUGACCCAAGGUGAACCUUGGGAGUUGGGGUUGGCGUUACGACAAUGGGAGAACCAGACAAGCUCCAUCGCUUCUGCAGUUGCAGGUACGUUCGGACAAUUCUUUCGGCUGCGGAUGCAGCAAGCCUUGGCAAGAUAUCAAAGGAGACAGGCGACUUCGGUGGGGGAGCCAGUACCUCUGAUUCCUGAGGAGGAGCGAGAGUAUGAAACCCGGCUGGGGGUCAUGCUGAUCAAGAACCUUCCGGCGACCAUCAGACAGCCAGUGAUGGAACGACAUCAGGGUGCGGAACAUCUAGUGUCAACAUUACUUCUGUUGGAAGCAGUCAUGGAACGUUUUUCGCCAGGUGGUGCGGCAGAGAUGACGUCUUUGUUGCAGUUCCAACGCGCGUUGCCGACAGCAGGGACGUUCAAGGAACUUUUGAAUACCAUUCGGCGUUUUGAAUUGGCCAAGGGCAGAUCCGAGUACUUGAAAUUGCCUCCUAUUGCAGCGCAUGAGAUUAUUCGUUCAUUGGAGGGACUCACCAGAAACUUGGAGAAAAAGCAUUCUUCCCUGGCGAUGAGACUCAACUUGAUCAAAUUGACUCCCGAAGUGGUUGUUCCCUCGGAGGCCGGAGUGCAACGGCUGCUGACUACGUUGGUUCAGGAGGGUCGUCGCAUGCAGGCCGAAGAUGAGGUGGCGCGCAACAGGAGAGGCAACGAAGUACUUGACGAGGACGGUCAAGGCGCCACUGCGUUUCAGGCCAAGAGCUCCGGUAAGGGAGCAAAAGGGGCAAAAGGCGAGAAGGGGCCCAGGGAUACCAGCAAGAUCCCCUGUGGUUAUUUUCAACUGGAGAGAGGCUGCCUGAAUGGAGAUGCGUGUCCUCAUUUGCAUGCCACUUUGAAAGGGAGCAAAGGAAAGGGCAAGGGCCAGAAUCCAGGAAAGAAGGGUACAGAGGAGCAUGCUGCGGUGACCACAGAAGCCAAGGCCAAAGCCAAGGCGGAAGCAAAGGCCAAGAGGAAGGCCGAAGCAAAGGCUGCAGCCCCUGCAGAAGCAAAGAUGGCGUUGGUUGGUUCAGGAGCCGUGGCAGCCUCGGCAGUGGCGGUGGUGAAAUCAGCGCGUGAGGCGGAUGCAGAUGAGUCAGGGUCUGAAUUGUCAAGCAUGGGCCGUUCUGAGCCGGGUUCAGACGCGCCGACCUCUAGCCUGGGAUCGCCUUCGGAGCCAGCAAGCGAGGAGGAGAUUGAUCAGCCGCCGCGCCAAGUUGUUGCCCCCAGACUUUGGUACUUGGUUCUUACGCCGGCUGAGUUCGUGUACUGGUCUAGGCCACGACAAGUGAUCUGCAGAGCUGCGAGAGAGUUUCAGGAGUCCACAGGUCAAUACGACGUGGCACGUGGAUUGUGGCUUCUCUUUCAAGAGCUGGAUUUUGAUUUUCCCAUACAAGGCGAACAGAUUGGUCCUGGACAAUUUGUGAUGAGUGCGCGAGAGGUGCUUUGUGAGCAUGCUGAUAACAUCAUCCGGCCGGUUGUGUUAGUGCAUAUAUUGGACUCGGAUACUGGUCAGGAACAAAUGUUGGCUCUUGCAAAUCAUCAGGUGUCUCCGCGAGUCCGGCCUUGGAGGCAGUUCCAAGCCCUUUUGGGCAUCAUGAGACCAUUGCGAGAGGCUGCGCAGGAUUUGAGAGGAAUUCUUGAUCAGGAGGAGGCGGUGUUUGGAUCGCGCGGUUAUGCUGAGCGUUUUGGCAACCCUGAUCUGGAUGGUUUUCCCCCAGCGAGAGCUCCUACAGUUCCUACGCCGCAGAAUGUGGUGGUGCAAGACGCUGGACAGGCGGUGCAAAACCCUGGUACAUCAUCGACAGUCCAGACAGGUCAAAAUCCGGGCACGGCAUUAGCAAGUCAGUCAGGUUUGCGCGCAGAGGGUGUUGGGUCGACAGGUUCAGACGAUGACUCCGCAUCCAGUCGAGAGCCACAGGGAGGUUAUGCCACAGCAAGCAUGGCCACCACGUCUGGAGUUACAGGGCAGCGAGAGGAUGCUCUAGUGCUUGUUGACUCUGGGGCGAAUGAGGUGGUACGGCGCUACAGAAGCAAUAUCAGCAGGAAAGGGACCAUUGCCAUGCGUAUUGUGUUGGCAUCCGGCGAAGUCGUGGGAGGAUUUCGGACACGGGACGGCGAGGUUGUUCUUCAGUCCGAUUCUUCUGCAGCAGAAAGCGGUGAUCCAGAAUCCAGCGGAGAAUGGAUCUUGGGUGUGAUGCGUGUUAUUGAAGUUGGUGGAGCGUUUCAUUGGACCAAUCAAGGAGCUACGUUGUUGUUUCCUGAUCAGGGGUUCCUGAGGAAAGUGAGGUGCAGAGUUCGAAAUGGGCUACCAUACAUGACAUGGACUGAUUUUGCUGUCCUGCGAAAGGUGUUGUCCCGUCACUGGAAAUCUUCAGACGGACGCAUCCGUGUUGCGAGGGCACUGGCCAAGAAUGAGCAGGCGGACAACUUGUUCAUUUCUCAAGACCUCCUGGAGGCUGCUGAGUUCGAGAUGCAUGGUUGUGAGAUGUUCGCUGAGGUGGCGUAUGAACACGUCAUCAAGGAAAUCCUGAAUAAACGUGUGAUCGACAAGGCGGACAUUCAGAAAGCACUGGACCUGGCAGCUUUGGAACCCACCCGGACAGCCAGAGCGGGAAGGACCCUGGAAGGAGGGAAGAUUCGAGCGUGGAUCUUCGGAGGUUUUGCCCAUGGUCCGAUGCCUGGACUCACGAAAGCAACGCAACAACAUCCUUUACUGGCUCGGCUUUUGGCAAGGUACUUUCGUCAGGAGGUUCCAGAAGGACAGUUUGGAGCCGUGGCGGUGUUGGAUUCCGUUGCUUUCAAGCCACAUAGGGAUAACAACGCCAAAGAUUGUCCGACGUACAUCACGACCUUUACUGAGUACAGUGGAGGCGAUCUGUGGUUGGAGGAUCCGAGCGGAUCGGAGUUGCGAGUAAUUUGUGAAGGGAAGGAUCCAGUCGCUGGAAGGUGUGUGUCCUUGAAGGAUGGUGUUGUGCAGUUCGAUGGGUCGAAGUGGCACGGUACGGAAGCGUUUGAUGGUCGAAGACUUGUUGCCGUGGCAUACACUCCCAAGCAUCAUCGCCAGUGGACAGACGACACGCGCGAAAGGCUUCAGCAGUUGGGUUUCCCGGUCAGGAAGAGCCAAAGCACCAGCGUUGAUUGCCGCAGCGGCACAGACGAUACCCAGCUACAAACAUCAGCACCACCACAGCUCACCACACCAGCUCAGCAUCACCCUCACGAACAGAUCCCAAAGCCCAAGGAACCCAAACCUGGAGAGACCUCUGGUAGUAAGGACCUGGAGGGUCGCUCAGGCAGGGACAUGGGGUUUUAUGAUUCGGGGUUGGUUUCUGGGGAUGAAACUUCGGAUUUCGGUGAAACGCCAGAUGGCAUCGACCCCGCCGCCAUGGUUUCAGCAAAGCAGGUCAUGUCUUUCUUGGCCGAAGGUUGCGAAGUGGAUGAGUCAGAGCCACAGCAUGCGUCUGGAUGGGAUCAAGACGUCAAGGAUGCUGUGUUGUCAUUGGAUCUUACUGGCCCACACAUCCCGAGCGCUGAAGGCUUCCGCUACGCUCUUGCGGGGGUCUACACCCUGGGAUCAGGCAAGUCACUCCUGUACACCAUGGGAUUACGACGUAAAACAGCCCAAGAGGCUGCCGAAGCUACAGCACAAGUCCUUGCUAGACUUUACUCCCUAGAGGCAGCGCAGCUUGUGAGGAUCCAUUCCGAUGGGGGCGGAGAAUUUUCUGGCUCUCAAUUUCAACAGAUGACCAGCAAACUGGGCGUGUGGCAGACCAUGUCGGCGCCGUACUGUCCGCAGGCCAACGGACGUGCCGAGCGGUACGUCCAAAGGCUGAAAAUGGGCACGAUAUCGCUUUUAUUGCAUGCUCGAUACCCUGUUCGGUUCUGGUACAUGGCCAUGCGUGAAUACGCCUACAAACAACGUCACAUGACCUUGCACGGCAGCAUACCAGCAGACGCGCCGAGCAUGGGCGACGCAGUGCUGUUUCAGUUUGAGAAGAGUGCGGACUUUCAGCCGCAGGCAGAAAAGGCAAGGUUCGUCUGUCAUGAUGAUCGAGUGUCAAAUGCACCUUUGGUUCUUGUGACGCGUGGCGGUCGUGAGACUGUGGUGCGGACAUACUGUCCCCGGUCGGUGCGGGUGUCCUCGAAUGGGCAGAUUGGAUGGGACGCUCCGCCAGAUGGUGGCGUGCUCACCUUUGAAGAGCGUAUGCUCGGCCCUGCGUUGGACGAGGAGCCGGAGCUCAUGGCAGAGGGCGGUCUGCAAGGCUUGGCCAGCGCUGUGAACUUUAAGGACUUCAAUCAUGGUUUUCUCAUGCCGCCCGAGACUGAAGCAGUGCCGGAUCCAGCAGUACAUGCCGCCACAGCCAAAGCAUGUGCUGCGACAACGGAUCACAAGUACGUGGCCUUGUCAGUUGAUGAGGAGCAAGCAAUCGAAGACAGUAGCGAAGCUGCUCAAAAGAAGUGGAUUGGUGCUGUUGAGGGCGAGCUGAGCAACAUGGAGACCAAGUCUGUGUGGCGGGAGUGCCACAAGUCCAAAGUCAGGGAGACUUUGGGGUUGGGGGAAAAGGAGUACGUUCCACCUCCGCUGCCUAUGAAGUUGGUUCUCACCCGCAAGCCACUUCUUGAAGGAGGUGACGGGACUCAGGACGUAGCUGUAAGCGAUCAGAUUCCCAAAGGAAUCAGCGACGAAGACAUGUCGGGGAUGUCGGCGCAGGCCCUAGCAGAGCUUGCGGAGUUGGCCUCGUUCAAGGCCAAGUGUCGUAUUGUGGCCUGUGGCAAUUUUGAGGAGGAGCCGGGAAAGGAUCUGUCGAGCCAAAAUGUUGACGCAGACACUUUGCGAUAUCUUGUACAUGCAUGGGCGAGCCAUCACGAUUGGGCUGGCUUUGCGUUUGAUAUCUCAGCGGCUUUCUUGAAUUCCUGGUUGAAGAAGGGGCAUAAGAUUUCCAUGAAGCCACCGGGUGUCCUUGUGAAGCUGGGAUAUUUUGACCCUGAUACCUUGCUGGUUCCGGAUAAGUCGCUUUACGGUUUGAAGCGUGCUCCCAGAGACUGGGAAACUGAGCGUGGGUCCAAGUUGGAUGGCAAGAUCCUUAAGGCCAAGGAUCUGGACGUAUGUGGGGAUUUGAUGCUGAAGGCUCAUCCUGAUAUUCCUGGGUUGUGGAGCGUUGUGACAGUUUCUGAGGGUCGGCUCAUGGGAUACACGACUAUGUUCGUUGACGAUGGGCUGUGCAUUGGGAACCAGGAGGCCAUGACGCGUGUGCUGGAGUAUGUGCUUGAGAUUUGGAGAGUACGGGAGUUUGUGUUCCUGGGGCUUCGCAUUACUCUGAAUGAUCAGGGAGUUCAGUUAGACCAGCACAGGUGGUUGGCACAGGAGCUUCAUCGCCGAGGGUUUGCCCAGCUUCGGGGAUCACCUUCAUUGCCCAAUUUGGAUGACGCGCCCCAGGUACCAGCCGAGAAGACCGAACGGUACACACAACAGGUCAGAGAGUGUCAGAGUGACAUUGGAAGUUUGAUGUGGGCGGCGAUGAGGACUCGGCCGGACAUUCAAACCGUUGUUUCCAUGCUGGCGUGCUUGACUGUGUUGUGUCCAGAGUAUGUUUUGGAAAAAAUCAAAGCCGUUUGGAAGUAUGUCAGAAAGAUUCUGUGGUUGAGCAUGCAGUUUGUUGGAUCGCGUGAUACGGUUAUUACAGCAUACAGUGACUGUAGCUUCGCUGCUCAGGGGAGUCGGUCGCGUACAGGAGUGGUCCUGAAGCUUGGGGCGGACAUAGUGUCAUGGCGGUCGGUACGCCAGAAGCUCACGGCGUGGUCGGUGUGCGAGGGAGAGACCGAGGCAGCAGCAACAGGUUUGCAAGACGCCUUGAAGUUGAAGGAGAUAGUGGAUCAGUUGACGGGAUUGUUGCAUACUGUUGAGAUGGUUUGCGAUAACUCGAGCGCUGUGACCCUGAUUACGAAUGCCACUUUCAACCGGGUGACCUGGCGAACACGUCACUUUGCUUUGAGAGCGAGUUGGAUUCGGGAUCAGAUUGCGCAGGCGCCUAUUUCCAUUCGACACGAGGCAGGAGAAACCCUGGUUGCAGAUGCCUUGACGAAAGUGUUAGCUAGAGCUCGUUUGCAACUUAUGCGUGAGAUGCUGAUGCUGCGCUAG